AUGGAUAGAAGGUCUGCUAGAAUAAAAGCAGAGUUAGAAAGAUAUGGUUGGAGAGUUUCAAAGAAGUUUAAAUAUAGGAAGGGAAGACCCAUAAAAGUCUAUGACAAAUUGUCUGGUCUUCGCUAUGAAAUGGACUUAGAAACAGCACGCGCAAAUUAUCCAAACAGAUUAGAGAGGUUAGAAGAAGAACGUCUUAUGGACAUGCCUUUCGAUGUUAGUGAGCCUCAAGUUGAAGGACACGACGGCUUUGCCAGAUUCUACUGGAAACAUGACGAACAAUUGCAUCCUUUGAGAAGGAAAAAAGGAAAAGGUGAAGACGCACAUGCUCCCAUGGAAAGAACAAGAUAUGCAUAUGAAAAGUAUCGUGAAGUUAGAAGUCAAAUUACAUCUGGUCGAACCUUUACAGUAAACUUUGACGAAGGAAAGAACAAAGAAGGCUUCAUGGGUGUACUUGCUGCCAUACAAGACGGAAAUAAGAAAGGAUACAAUCUCAGACUAACCGUAACAGAUUUAGAUGGUCAUAUUUACUAUGCACAUGGCAAUGUCACAACAGCCGCACAACUUCUUGACGCUUUCAAGACUACAAAGAGAGAACAAAUGGUUGACUCCGACUCAGACAUUUUGAAUGCAAUUGAAGGAAUUGCAAGUGUAAAAUUUGAAUGGUACCAACCUAACCCUCAAGCAGUCAGACAACAUGCUGGAUACUUCCCGUUCAUAAAUAAGUCUGACAUUGACUUGACAAGGUAUGGAAUUUACAAUUCAAUUGAAACAAUUGUCAAUGAACCUUGUAUUCUUACAUGUCUCAGGAACUCUGGUCUUGUUACAGAUGA